UCUUCCUCUCGGCCUUGCUGGGCCACACCUCUGCGGUGCAGCUCCUGCUGGCCUUUGGUGCCAACCCCAACCACCGCUGCCUGGACCGCAGCACGCCCGUGCACGCGGGCGCCUUCUCCAGCUGCAGCCGGUGAUGCUGCAGCUGCUGCAGGCAGGGGGCGACUUGCGUCUGCACGACCAGCAGGGUCGCACACCACGGGACUGGGCUGAGCAGGGUGGUGCCAAGCAGAGCUGGGAGGUGCUGGGGAUGUUACAGCUCUGCCGUGCCCGCGUAUCAGCAUUGGUGCAUGGCAGUGAGCUGGCACUCAUGGCAUCUUUGGGCCAGUUGCAGGCCAGAUCUGGGAACAGCCUACCUGGCUCCCUGUCCUCACUGUGGCAGGCAGACAGGGCACAGAGGCUAGAGCAGAUCAGGAGAUCCCCCCGGGUCCCGGCCUUGGGGUUCGGUCAGCUGAGCAGCCUGUGGCCACUGGGGCUAGUAACGAGCAUACCCCUCGCGGACCCCAAGGAGCUGCUGCCAGCCCAGGGUGAACCCGACCGCACCUACGAGAGCAGCUCCCACACCCUCAUGGCCAACACCCUGCACCACCCCAAGCUGUUGCUGCUGAUGGCGCUGAGCCCCUCAGCGGACCUGUCAGGGCUGUGCCUUCUCUUCGAGCCUGUGUGGCUGGGCUCCCUGCACGCGAUGCUGCACCUUCGGGGACCGAGGGAGGAGGCGCCCCAGCCUGUGCCAGGCCUGCUGCCGGGCCAGCUGCUGCUGCAGGUGCUGGAGGCCCUGCUGUUCCUGCAGGCCCGCUGCCGUGCCCACGGCGGCCUCAGCUCCCACGCUGUGCAGCUGGUGCGGCCGGGCCUGGCUAAGGUGGGCCACCUGGAGCAUGGGUGUUCGCUGCACCAGCGCUGGCUGUGGCCCAGGCUACAGUGGGGCUACUCCUGGGGAGGCCCAGGCCCAGGGUUGCCCCCGCCUCCUGAACUGUAUCCAUGGCUGCCACUUGAGCUGAUCUGCGGUGACAUGCCUGCCACCACCUCAGACCUCUACAGCUUCUGCAUCCUGGCCCAGGAGGUCUUCACUGGAGAGCUGCCCUGGGCUGGAAGACAGGGGCCUGAGGUGAAGGCCAAGCUGGAGGCAGGCCCUGAUUCAGGCUGGGCUGGGCCUAAGGCCCGCCGACCGCUGGGGCAGCCUGCAGAAUACUCGGUAUCUGCUACGGGAGAGGCCAUGGCCCAGGACUCAGUUCCUGAGGUGAGCUCCCUGACCAAGCGGACCGCGCUGUCCUCUGCGCUCCAGGGCUCCCCGCCAGAGAAACUAUACCGUGAAGUGGCUCCCAGAGCCAAGACCACACCCAGGCCUGUGCCGCCUGUGAUGUCCCCUGGCCCCAUCCCAUCCCAGGCCCUGGAGACUCCUGAGGUCGCGGGCCACAGCAAGGUCCAGAGUGGCGCAGCCCGGAGCUCGGGCAGCAGCUUGACUCUAGGCAGCAGCCCCAGCCACAGCCCCCACCUUUGCCCCGGCCCCAGCCACAGCCCCACAGCCAGGGUCGGCCUGCACUGCUGUCUGCAGCCCAGCGCAACAGCGCCCAGCACUGAGCUGAGUGGAGGAAGUCUCUUCUCCAGCCUGCAGAAGAUGGAUCUGCUGGGGGAGAUCACGGCGGAGCUUCAAAGUAGAUGCCAACUCGCAGACAAGCCCAGCCUCGGCCCCACUGCUGACCCAGAUUCCUCGGGUGCCCACGGCGCCCUCUCUGCAGAUGCCGUCCAGGAGUAA